AUGGCGAUGAGCAUCGAGGAGCUCGAUGUCACGGUGCGCUCCUUCUACGAGGGCCGUGGCGAACAGCAGAAGCAAGCACAAGCCUCGCUCAACCAGUUCAAAGAGAACCCGGACGCCUGGUUGAUGGUGGACAAGAUUCUGCAGGAAGCACAAUACCCGCAGACCAAAUACCUUGGACUACAAGUGCUCGACAAUGUCAUCAUGACCCGGUGGAAGGUGCUGCCGCGCGAUCAGUGCCAUGGUAUUCGUAACUUUGUUGUCAACUACAUCAUUCAGCAGAGCAGCACAGAAGAACUCCUACGCAAAGAGCGCGCACUGCUCAACAAGCUCAACCUCGUCCUCGUCAGUAUCCUCAAACAGGAGUGGCCACACAACUGGCCGACGUUCAUCAACGAGAUCAUUUCAUCCUGCCGCAGCAGCCUGCCCAUUUGCGAAAACAACAUGGCCAUUCUGCGCUUGCUCUCUGAAGAGGUCUUUGACUUCUCCCAGGACGCCAUGACCAGCACCAAGACGCGUCAAAUGAAGCAGAGCAUGUGUGACGAGUUCACCAGCAUCUACAACCUCUGCUCGGAGAUUCUCAGAACCGCGGACCAGCCUAGCCUUAUCAAGGCCACGCUUGAGACGCUGCUGAAGUUCUUGAGUUGGAUUCCGCUUGGGUACAUCUUUGAGACACCGCCCACAGGUGCCUCGUUGAUCGAGACGCUUAGAAGCCGUUUCCUCGAGCUGCCCGAGUUCCGCAACGUCACCUUGAAGUGCUUGACGGAGAUUGGAAGCUUGCAGACGGAGCACAACUGGAACGAUAAGUUGGUACAGAUGUUCACCGACACGCUCACAACCAUCUCCACCAUCAUUCCUCUAUCUCUUGAUCUCAAGUCAACCUACGCAUCCUCCAACAGCAGAGAUCAGGAGUUUGUACAAAAUCUGGCGCUUUUCCUCUGCAACUUCUUCAGCAAUCAUCUCAGCAUCAUUGAGAACCUUCCUAACCGGGACUUCCUCCUGCACGGCCAUUUCUACUUGAUCAGAAUCAGCCAGAUCGAGGACCGUGAGAUCUUCAAAAUCUGCCUGGAGUACUGGACGAAAUUGGUGUGCGAGCUUUACGACGAGAUGCAGCAAAUUCCCAUCACCGAAAUGAACCCACUGAUUAACAUGACCGGGCUUCAGAACGGCGGUGCGAUGAACCCACAGAUUCUGGCAAACUACCCACUGCGGAAACACAAGUACACAGAUGUCCUCUCCAACCUUCGACAGGUCAUGAUUGAGAAGAUGGUACGACCCGAGGAGGUGCUCAUCGUGGAGAACGACGAGGGAGAGAUUGUGCGCGAGUUCGUCAAGGAGUCCGACACUAUCCAGCUCUACAAGACCACAAGAGAGUGUCUGGUCUUCCUCACCCAUCUGGAUGUUGUGGAUACCGAGCAAAUCAUGUCCGAAAAGCUGGCGCGACAAGUCGAUGGUACCGAGUGGAGCUGGGGUAACUGCAACACUCUCUGUUGGGCUAUUGGGUCCAUCUCAGGGGCCAUGAACGAGGAGACUGAGAAGCGCUUCCUUGUUACUGUCAUCAAGGAUCUUCUCGGUCUUACCGAGAUGAAGCGCGGAAAGGACAACAAAGCUGUGGUGGCGUCCAACAUCAUGUACAUCGUUGGACAAUACCCUCGAUUCUUGAAGGCACACUGGAAGUUCCUUAAGACGGUCGUCAAUAAGCUGUUCGAGUUCAUGCAUGAGACCCACGAGGGUGUUCAAGACAUGGCCUGCGACACUUUCAUCAAGAUUGCGAACAAGUGCAAGAGGCACUUUGUUAUUCAGCAACCCGGCGAGAGCGAGCCAUUCAUCGACGAGAUUGUCAAGACCAUGCGAAAGAUUACAUGCGAUCUUUCUCCUCAACAAGUGCACACAUUCUACGAGGCUUGUGGCUACAUGAUCAGUGCACAGGGCGCCAAGUCGACACAAGAGCGACUCAUCAGCGAAUUGAUGAGCUUGCCCAACUCUGCUUGGGACCAGAUCAUCCAGGGUGCCCACAACGACCCUACCAUCCUUCACAACUCGGAGACUAUAAAGGUAAUCGGCAACAUCAUGAAGACUAACGUCGCAGCAUGCAGCAGUAUCGGGUCGUACUUUUUCCCGCAGAUUGGUCGAAUUUACCUCGACAUGCUGACCAUGUACCGCGCAUCGUCUCAAUUGAUCGACGAGGCCGUUCAGCGCGACGGAAACAUUGCGACCAAGAUGCCGAAAGUCCGCGGUUUGAGAACGAUCAAGAAGGAGAUUCUCAAGCUCAUCACGACGUAUGUUGAGAAGGCGGAUGAUCUUGAGAUGAUUCACCAGACCCUCGUUCCUCAACUGCUGGAAGCCAUCUUACUCGACUACAAGAACAACGUUCCGGAUGCUCGCGAGGCGGAAGUAUUGGCUGUCAUCACAGUCUUGAUCUCCAAAUUACAGGGCAUGAUGACGGAACAAGUCCCCGCAAUUCUCGAUAAUGUGUUUGAGUGCACGUUGGAUAUGAUUAACAAGGAUUUCUCCGAAUACCCCGAGCAUCGUGUCGAGUUUUUCAAGCUGCUGCGAGCCAUCAACCAGCGAUGCUUCCCGGCUCUGCUCAAGCUGGAUCAGWCUCACUUCAAGCUCGUCAUCGACUCGUGCAUGUGGGCGAGCAAACACGACAACCGUGCGGUUGAAGGCGAGGGUUUACAAAUGUGUGUGGAGCUGGUGGAGAACAUGGCCAACCACACCGAUCAACAGACUUGUGAUGCUUUCUUCCAGAACUUCUUCACUACCGUGUUGCAGGAUGUCUUCUUCGUCCUCACCGACUCCGACCACAAGGCUGGAUUCAAGUAUCAGUCGAUGCUGCUUGCGCGUCUCUUCUGGCUCGUCGGCGCGAACAAAAUCUCCGGACCCAUAUACACCGAUCAGACAGUGCAGGGUACAUCCAACCGCGACUUCCUGCAAAACUUUGUGGCCACUCUGCUCUCCAACGCAUUCCCCAACCUGCAGGCCGUGCAAAUCACCAACUUCAUCACGAGUCUGUUUGAGACGACAGAGGAUCUUGUCAAGUUCAAGCUCAUUCUCCGCGACUUCUUGAUCCAAUUGAAGGAGUUUGCGGGCGACAACACGGAGCUGUUCCAGGAGGACCGCGAGAAGGCGGCCAAGGAUGCGCAAGAGGCAGAGCGGAAUCGCAUGUCCAAGGUUGCGGGAUUGCUCAAGCCAAGUGAGUUGGACGAUGAUGAGCUUUGA